AUGGCAGAGGAAGAAAACAGAGUGAUUCUGCACGGGUUCUGGGGUAGCCCAUUCGUGAAGAGGGUAGAAAUGGCCCUUAAACUCAAGGGCAUACCCUACGAGUACGUUGAAGAGGAUCUCCGCAACAAAAGCCCCGCCUUACUUACCCACAACCCCGUCACCAAAAAGGUCCCCGUCCUCAUCCACAACGGGAAACCAGUAUCAGAGUCGCUCGUCAUCAUCGAGUACAUCGACGAGGCCUGGAAAACCACCGGGCCCAGAUUGCUCCCCGACGAUCCAUACAAACGGGCCCGAGUCCGAUUCUGGGCCGACUUCCUCCACCGCCAGGUGAUGGAGGCGAUGCUGGUGAUCUUGAAAACUGAUGGGGAGGCGCAGGAGAAGGCGGUGAAGGAGUUGGAGGAGAAGCUGGUGGUUUUGGAAGGCGGGCUGAAGGAAGAAGGUGUGUUUGGGGAUAAUGGAGGGAUUAGCGCGGGGAUGCUGGAGAUUGUGAUGUGUUGGUGUUUCGGGGCGUACGAUUUGGGAGAGGAGGUGCUGGGGGUGAAGAUCGUGGAUUGGGAGAAGAAGGCUCCGUUGGUGUAUUCGUGGUUGCAGGGGAUCAGAGAGAUUCCUGUGGUGCAGGAGAUUGCGCCUCCUAAGGAGAAGAUGGUGGCGACGUUGCGGUUCAUUCGACAGAGUGCUCUCAAAGCUUCCAAUCCUACUGUGCCGUCCUCCUGA